AUGCGCAAGAUCUCCACCCUCUCAACCGUCGUGCCGCCCCUGUUCGAAGCCACCAAGCCCAUCAGCCACUCCCUAUCCACCGAGGAAUCUCCGCGCGAGCGCCCCCCGCAGCCCUCGCACAAGGAGAAGUCGCAGCUGUGCAAAAAGUUUGUGGAAAACGGCUAUUGUCCCUACGAGAAGCGCUGCAAGUUCGCGCACGGACUGCAGGAGCUCAAGAAGAACCACCAGGCCAACUGCAAGUACAAGACCAAGGUGUGCGGGGGGUUCCUGCAGGAAGGCUUCUGCCCCUACGGCAACCGCUGCAACUUCAUCCACCCUCCGUCCGCCCCCACCCCCGCUCGCGCCCGCAACCUGGAUCCCGCCAUGCUCUCCAUCCGCACGGAGGCAGCCACAGAGUCGCGGUUGCUGCCCAUCCUCCUCGCAACCGCUGCAACUUCAUCCACCCUCCCUCCGCCCCCACCCCCCCGCGCCCGCAACCUGGAUCCCGCCAUGCUCUCCAUCCGCACGGAGGCGGCCACAGAGUCGCGGUUGCUGCGCCUGCUGGAGCGGGACUGA